AUUUUGGGGGGUUUUUACAUCCCUCUCCCUCUAUAUAUCUCUCUCUACCUAUCUCUCUUCUUCUUUUUCUUUUUCUUUUUUCUUUUUUUUUUUUUCACUCUGCUUCUGCUCUGGUUGUUGAUUGUUGAGAGAGAAAAAUCACUUUCAUUAGAUUCCUGCACUGCCUUUUUCCCAAAGGACCAAAUGAUUGCAAAAGUUUAAGCCUAGAAUUGGUAUCAUUUCCCCUCAACUAAUUUCCCCUCAACUUUUAACUGUCUAUUGUUGAUUGGAUGGACAAAAGAACGAGAUGCCACUUUACCUUUUCCUUUUGAUACUUCUCUACACCUUAGUCUGGUUCCUCUGGGUUUGGCCAUUGGGUUUGUUUUGAAGUUCUUUUUCUAAUAUAUUUAAAUAUUAUAUUAUCACAUCAUAUAGAGAGGACGUCACUCAGUAUUUCUAAUAAGAGGAUCCUCUCUUGAAUGAAAAGUGCUUAAUCCAGCGUUCCCUCAACUUCAGUCUCUCUCAAGGUAUUAAGUGAUUUGGACAACACUAAUUGAGUGAUCUCAAUGUUUUGAUCUGCUUUCUGUAACCUUACAGCACAUUUGAGCGUUGAUCCAUCUGCUGACUUGCUGUCAAAAGGGUUUUCCUUGAGAUUGAUUUGAAUGGGGAGGCAAUUUUACUUUAGGAAUGUCUUUCCGGGGGGGUAAGUGAGAGAAAGAAAGACAGCGCUUCGUGGGCUUGCAAAAGUAGCGCUUUUGCUGCUUUCAGUUACUUGGAUUUCCACCCACAUUGAGUAUUUUUCUUUCAUACAAUAACAAGUACAAGUUUUCUUAGCUAACAUCUUCUUCCUUAAGCAAACCAGAUCGAGGUCAGGCCUAAUAUCAUAUAAUAUUUCUCUUACAAAUGUUUGUAAGAUGAGUUCUACAGUUUUCUUGUAGAAGGUUUCUCAAAUAUGUACAAGAAGUUGUUAUCUGAAAGCAACAUCUAGUUCUAAUCAACAGCUCAUGCUUGCUUGUUCUAAGCGGGAGUUUUCUGUCUUUUCAAGCCAUUUUUGGCAAUUUUCUAACAUAAUCUAUUAAUUAAUGAGUUACCCAUGGCCAUGAGCAUGAAUUCGAGGUCCCAUUAGCCCAGAUAGGUAAAAACAGUAAUUUUGAACUAUGAUUUGGAGCCAAUCUCAAUGCAGUGGCUAUUCAGGAGUGGCUGUUGAAGCCUCCAAAAGACCCCUCGCAGACGUAGGAAAAUAAGUAAUAAUGUUGAUGACGAGGCAACAUUCCCUUUUAAAUCAUCAUAAUUACCAACCCACUGAAGGAAUCUUCCAAAUUCAUUGGAGAAUAAAAAACCACUGUUUAUCGUUCAGUUGGAUUUUUUUUAAUCACAGCUAGAGGGGUUUGGGCUGAAAAGAAGGAAAAUAAGGGAGAGAAAGUGCCCUUCUGAAGGAAGAGAGAGAGGGAGAGAGAAGACAAAUUGCACUUUCCAAAAUAAAACAUAGCCGAACUCCAUUAAUACACAGCUGCAGCCUGCAUAAGGAAGAUGCUAACAGAAUCCUACCUUUACCCAACUCUUGGUUUGGAUUCUAAAUUUUUAUGGGAUUGAUCGACUGACGUAAUUAUGGACAAUGCUGAGGGUAGGAAAAAUGAAGAAGGCCCCUCUGGAGUCCAUAAGUUUCAGGAGAAUCAUGACCAAAGGAUGGACUGUGUAGACGAUGUUGCACAUACCAGUUACAACACUUGCACCUUUUUUGAGUCCAGAAUUCAGAUUUCUCCACAAAUCUUAGGCUCAGAGCUCAUCUCUAAUCCUGAGUACGCUACAGUUUCCUUGUCAAGUCCUGGUCUGAUGCUACAACCUCAACCUCAAUCUUUGCCUCAGAGUGCUGCAUUCAGUGAAAAUGUGUUGUAUGGAACAAGGACGCGAGUGACGAUCUCUUGGAAUCAUGGCGGCAAUCAAGUGGCCAUCGUUGGAUCAUGGGACAACUGGCAGACGAGAGAGCUCCUGCAGAACACAGGUGAGAAGUUUGUGGUUAUAAAGACUCUGCCAGUCGGUAUCUACCACUAUCACUUCAUAGUUGAUGGUUGGUUGAUUUAUGCUCCAGAUCUACCCUGGUUUCGUGAUGAUUCAGGGAAUGCUUACAAUAUUUUGGACUUGCAGGGGCAUGUUUCUGAAUUUCCUGAAAGUAUGUCCGAGUUUGAAACUCCUCCAUCCCCGCCAUCGAGUUAUGACAAUCAAUACUUGCAUGAAGAUGAUUUCAGCAGACCACCACCAGAACUACCUCCACAACUACAAGGAACCAUUUUAAAUGAUCCAUCUUCUUCAGUUGAUGGUCGACCGUUGCCAGUUACGCCUCAAAGUACCGAAUUAAAUCAUCUCUAUCUUCAGAGCAAUGUCCAAGAUCAGUUUGUAGCACUUGGCUCUACUCUCAGGAUUCAGGAAAAGUAUGUUACAAUGUUUCUAUUCAAGCCUUUGUCAAGAACAAGGUGACAUCCAUACUCUUUUUCCUCCCUCCACCCACAUUUUCAUUUUCAAAACCGAAUCUCAAUAUUGCUGGAAAAGUUGCCAUCCUCGUGAGUUCUAUGAGUUGAGGAAGUUAGUGUAGCUAAAGAAAGAUUCUUUCACACUGUGCAUCAUUAAUUCAAUUGCUACAGUAUUCACUCUAAAAACUACUGUCACUCUUGCAAAA